AGCGAUCAUGGGUUCUUCUUCUAGAAAUUUGUAUGCAGGAAUAGGUGAAGGGCAAUCAACCACACGACCACCUCUUUUUGAUGAAACCAAUUAUGCAUAUUGGAAAGAAUGAAUGAGAAUCUAUAUUCGUUCCACGAACUUCCAAUUAUGGUUGGUUAUCAAAAACGGUAAAGAGAUGCCAAUGAAGAAUGUUGGAGACAAGUUGAUCUCCAAGACCGAAGACGAGUUUGAUGCCGAGGACAUCAAAAAAGUCAAGAAUUAUGCAAAGGCAAUAAACAUGCUCUAUUGUGCCGUAAAUCCUGAUGACUACUUCAAAAUCUCCUACUGCUCAACCGCCAAGGAGAUGUGGGACAAACUUGAGGUGAUGUACGAAGGGACAGACCAAGUACGUGAAACCAAGAUCGACUUCCUCACCCAAGAGGAUCUUGUGCGAAAGAUCCUACGGAGCUUGACACCCGAAUGGCGAUCGAAGGCCGAUGCCAUCUAUGAGUCAAUCGGCACAUCAAAUGUCACCAUCGACGAUUUAAGAGUCUUCUUGGAUAAGAAGGACUCAUUUAGAGAGACACGUUGGAGAAGAAUUCUUAUGCUUGAAGAAGUCCUAUUACCUGAGCAGUCUCUGGACAGCCUUCUGUGUCAUUCUGGUUACAUUUACUGUUGGUUGUGGUAUCAGUUAUAUUGCGCCGGUGGAAAAUCUAAGAGCAAGGCCUCCAAGAAGAAGGUCAACGUCGAAGCAACAACCUCUGCGCCCCCGCCGUUUCCCUAUCUCGACGGCUCCUUCCUUGAGUUCGGGUCGGAGGAGGAACUCACCCGGUUCCUCACGCGCUUUGCCAAGCACCCGAUCUGUCCGCCUCGCGUGCUCCCGAAGUUGUUCCCCCAACAAAAGGGGUACCACGACCUCGACAAUCAACUCAAAGAGUCGGGUUUGUGGCCCUUCGUCUCCAAGAGCCGCACUUCCAUCAACCCCGCUUUCGUCCGGGCGUUCUACUCAAAUCUGCGCCGUGACGGGGACACCAUUUACAGCAGCAUCGAUCUCUACGACAUAGAGAUUGAUUUGCCCACCUUUGCUCGGGUCGCAGGGCUACCCAUCCGAGGCAACGACAUCGCGACGUACGGUGGCAAUGAUUAGAUCCUCAACAAUGAAGCGGUCGUCAUUCG